AUGAAAUUCACAGUGUGCAUUCCGGUACUGCUUUUAUUGUUUCAGAUUGUGAAAUGUCUUUUACCUCCAAAAUUCCAGUGGAAAGUAAUAGAGUUUGCGUGGGAUGAAUCUGCCCGCGAAGCCGCGUUAGCUUCAGGCGCUUACGUUCCUGAAAAUAACAUGCCAGCCGGUAUAGCUAGGUGGAAACAAAAGUUAUUCAUAACUAUACCUAGAUGGAAAAAAGGUGUACCCGCAUCCUUAAAUUACAUAAACAUAAACGGGAAUCAAAGUCAGGAAUUAAACCCUUAUCCUAGCUGGGAAGAUGCCUUCGUCUCCAACAAGGCGUGUUGCGUGGCCUCAAAUAAAACUGUUGUGUCUGCGUUUCGAGUGCACGUGGAUAAAUGCGAUCGAUUGUGGGUAGUUGACAAUGGCGUCGCCGAUAUGUCCACUGGGGUAAAACAGAUCGGUCCUCCAGUCAUUUUGAUAUUUGACUUAAAUAGCGACGAACUGCUUCAUCGUUACGAGUUUAAGGACGAGGAACUAAGGGAUUCUUCUGUACUUACGGGGCUAGAUGUAGAAAUGUCAGGAAAAGGAUGUGGAGAUGCCUUCGCGUACAUUCCGGAUAUGGGUUCAAACGCCAUGAUAGUAUACAGCAUGAAGCAGAACGACGCUUGGCGUGUCGAGUGUCCCUUCUUCCACUUCGACCCCCUCUCCAAUGUCUACCGAGUGGGGGGAGUGGAGUUUUACUGGAACGAUGGAGUCAGCUCAGCUGUACUGGUGCCUUCUAAACGCACUUCUGGUCAUCGUGAUUUGUACUUCCAUCCGACGUCCAGCACUAAACAGUUCCGAAUAGCAACGAAGUUGCUUAAAGAUAAAUAUGUACCCAAGGAAUACAUAUUUAGUGGAGCUGAAGUGGUGGGGGAUAGGGGCCUACUCUCGCAGGCUACUGCAGCGGACUUCGAUCCCAUAAACAAUGUUAUGUUCUAUGCACAAUUGAGCAGAAAUGGCGUCAGCUGUUGGAAUACGGAAAAGCCGCUAGACGAAGAGAACUCUCCGCUGAUUCUCAGCGACUGUACUGUACUCGAAUUUCCUAACGACAUAAAGGUAGACCACGAAGGCAAUCUCUGGAUUUUGAGCAAUAGACAAUCACGUUUCCUCUACGAAUCUAUGGACCACAAUGAAGUCAACUUUAGGAUUCUCUCUGCCCCGACUUCGCGGCUUAUUCAAGGGACAGCUUGUGAGAAGAUGUCUACGAUAGAUAGAGCUUUAAGUUUUGUGAAACGGCCGAAGUCUAAGUAG